UACAGAUUGGUGUAAUCCAUUUCAAAGAUAGCAGUAAAACACAUGCAAUUCAUGCUAUAAGUAAUUGAUUAAAAAUGCAUAAGGGUGCGAUAUGUAGAAGGGCUAUCCCAGAGGAUCAUAAAGGAAUUAUGGAGAUCAAUGAUAACAUAUAUGAAGGGCUCGACUACAUUCCUGCGUUAUUCCCAAUUUACGUAGAGCAACCCUUCAGACAUUGCUUUGUAUGUGAGCAAGAUGGAAAAAUUAUGGCGUACAUGCAGUGGACGAUUAUCGAUGGUGGGCACUCAAGAAUUGGCCAAGCAAAUCGCUCAAUUGUUGGGUCAAAAGGUUACUUCAAGCAAUUAGACAUAUAUACAAGAGCGCAAAUGGAGAAAUUAUGUCCAGGUACACGAAUUGUAUAUACAGCAAUAUAUGGAGAUUACCAACAGAAAAAAACGAAAGAUACAGAAAGGAUCAAAGUUAUGGAAAUGCGGUAUCGCAGGGUAUAUGUUAUCAAUGCCAACCAAGAUACCAGUGUCCUGGAGACAAGUGAAUAUAAUCCCACUGGUUCUGUGCAGAGGAUCAAUGCAAGAGAAAUGGAAGAAAUUGUACUGAAGGACAGAACUACAAAACAUUUGUUCCCUGCUGAUAACAUCACAUGUGGAUUUGAGCCUUUGAGUACAACACAAGGCUUGAAUUGUAACAUCCAACACAUCUUCAAACAUGCAACUGUUUCUGCCAGCUUCAAUAAUGGCAAUACCUGUGAAGGUAUCAGUUUCCUAGGGUCGUAUCUAAUCAAACUGGGCAUAAGAAGUAAUUUUGACUUUUAUGGGUCAGAUGAUGUCAUUUUUCGAUGUCAUAUCAUCGAGCAAGCAAAGGAAGCUCUGAAGGUAGCUAGAGCUAGAAACAUGGAUCUAUAUUUUUGUGUGCAUUUCCCACAGACAUUUUCACUAGAAACGUUAGAUGAAUAUGCGACAAAAGUGUUAGGAUGGGAAAUUUUUGAACCUCUUAUUGAGGAUAAUGUUUAUAUUGCCGCACAAGAAAGUUACAGCAAACAAUGAAAACAUGAAAUAAUUUGGAGAUCUUAAAUUCUGG